GAAACGUCAAAACAAUCGAACUGAAAAGUUUACAAAUAUAAUUUUUUGCAAAUAGUCUUUUGGUUUCGAUUUCGUUUGACUGAUAAAAAGUGAAUUUUUUAAAUAUAAAUUGUACGGUCUACAAUGAGCGAUACCGACUUCAUAGAUAUAAGCAAAUUAGAAGGUUUUUUAUCGUUUUUAGGCACUAUUGACUGGAGGGACCCAUGGCUCAUCGGUCUCUUUGCAUUUCAUCUCUCCGUCUUCAUGAUGGCAAUUUUAACUAGAAAUUAUGGAAAUUUCCAGGCUGUACUGUUUUUUAUCCUUCUGCUCUUAGUGUACUUUUCCGAAAACAUUAACACCUUAGCAUCAACGAACUGGCACAUAUUUUCUAGACAACAAUACUUUGAUAGCAAUGGUCUGUUCAUAUCAGUGGUGUUUUCUAUGCCUAUUUUAAUUAAUUGCAUGUUGAUGGUGGGCAACUGGCUGUAUCAGUCCACACAACUGAUGGCAACCUUGAAACAGGCGCAGCUUAAAGAGAGACUGAAGAAGGAAAAAAUCAACAGGGAAAAAUCUAAAAACGACUAGCAAUAGCUAAUACGAUUCUGCUUUGAGACUUGACUUGUUACCAUAUUAAUUUUAAGGUUGUUAUAGUGUGUAAGGCUUGUAAUUGCUUUUUGUUAUAAAAUUGCAUUAUUUUAGUUUAUAAUAUUGUUGGUUACCAGCUUUAAAUUAGUGCCAACAAGGAUAUGCCUUCUAUACAUCACAUGCCUCUAUUUGUAUAUACUGUUUGCUGAUUUAGUAAGUUAAAGGGUAAAGAUAGAUUUUAUUGUGAUAUUUGUACUUUUUCUUAUUGCUUAAUGCUAAUACUAGUUUGUUUUAUGUAUAUUAAUAUAGGACUGGUGUUUAAAUAUAAACAAGUGAUGAUUA